AUGUCCUCCAUCAGCCCGCCUUAUCCAUACCCCGUCACAAAUCCCGACCUUAUCAAGGCUCAUUCCCUUAUCAAGCAUUUCGAAGGUGGUUAUUUCGCCCAAACGGUCGGUCUAGAUUCAGUCUUACCUACAUCACCAACACCAACAUCCACCCAUGUUCCCAAGUCAGCUGCACUAAGAGGUCGAGAGCAGACUGCUUCUGGAUCUGCAACGGAAGUGCUCACACCAGCACCUACGGCCGAGAUACAAGGCUCGGAGAGACGAACGGAUGCGACCCAAAUAUAUUAUCUUCUCACACCGGAGUCAUACAGGGGAAGGAUGCACAUGAACUUGCAUUCUACCUUUCAUCUCCAUCAUUCUGGUCGAGCUUUAUACACCCUUAUCAAACCUCCAUCUUCUCCCUCUGAAACACCUACGAUCCAUCGAGUCAUCCUUGGUCCAGACGUGACACAGGGUGAAGUCACACAGCUCUUCGUCCCCGGAGGAUGGUGGAAGGCGAGCGAAAUCCCAGAUGAAGAUCUGCUCUUGCUCGAUGCACCUGAUGCGAAAGAAGCAAAGUUGAAUGAGAGGAUUGGUUGUCUGAUCAGCGAGGUGGUCGUUCCCGGGUGGAAUCCUGACCAACAUCAAUUCAUUGACGAAGAUAAGCUCAAAACGAUGUGGGGAGGGAAAGCUGGAUGGGAUCAAUAUGUCAAAUACAUCAAAGCACCUGAAGGAUUAGAGUAUCCCGAUAAGUAG